AUGGCUUCCAUACUAACGCACCCCUAUUUAUUUCUGGGGGCGUAUUUCUCGCUACUCCCGAUCUCCUUAAUCAUUUAUCGCCUAUAUCUACAUCCGCUUGCGAAUAUUCCAGGUCCGAGGCUUGCUGCCAUCACAAGCCUAUGGUAUGUGUAUCAGGUAAGGAAAGGUCGAAUGACGGUGCUUUAUAGGGACUUGCAUAAGAAAUACGGACCAGCAGUUCGGAUAAGCCCAAAUGAUGUCUCCUUUGAUUCCAAGGAGGCUUUUCAGGCAAUCUAUACUGGAAGUCAAUAUAUCGAGAAGGGAGACUUUUACUGGUCCUUGAGCAACAACCCAGGAAGAAUAGACUGGCGAUUCCGUCGACACCAAGCAGACGCCUUUGCUUUUAAUGGCGAACUUGAUAUGCAGCGCUACAAGAGCCACAGAAAGAACAUUGGCACGACGUAUUCUACGUCUUCUCUAAAGAAAUAUAGCGACCGCUUGGAUGAGGUGAUGGACCGUUUCGUCGCCAAGCUGAAGUCGCAGGAAGGAGAAGUACUGGAUCUCGCUGAAUGGUUACACUUGGCCGUAGUCGAGUGUCUCGGCGCUAUUACUCUCAACUGGUCUCCUGGGUUCAUCGAGGAUGAAAGUGACCACGGAUUCCUCGCUAAGAGCAUCAAACAAUGGCGACAGGUGACUGCAUUCGGCUCCCUGCAGCCGUGGCUCGUCGUUGUCCAAAAGUGGCCAUCGCUGCGGUCCAGAAUCGCGAAGAUAUUUGGUGUCGAUAUCAAGUUCCCGGAGGGUUAUGUCCCUUUUGAGCCGCGGACCCUAGAAAUCAUAAAAAACCGCACCGCCGCAUUCCUCUCCUCCGAGAAACAAGCUCCCUCCGUAGACGCAGGCACAGACGCAGAAGCCGCUCCGGACAUGCUGGCCGAGCUCCUCGCAGCGACGACCAAGAAGCCGAAUUGGAAAGUGCACUACGCCUCCGCAAUGGCAAGUUUCAACUUCAUCGCCGGACACGAGACCACGACAUCGAUCGCCGUCUCGACGCUCGUAUCGAUCUGUUCCUCGCCGUCCAUAAAAUCGCGCGUCCAAGCUGAGCUAGACUCCUCCUCCUCCUCCUCCCCCGGCGCCGCCCUCGAUUUCGAAAAAUGCAAAUACACCCAAGCAGCGCUCAAAGAAACCCUACGCCUACACCCCGUAACCUCCCUCGCGCUCUGGCGCAAAGUCCCGCCCGGCCCGCCCCUACAGCUGCACGGACACUCCUUCCCCCCAGGCACAACCGUCGGCGUAAACGUACCAGCCCUACACGUAAACCCAUCUAUCUACGGCGCCGACGCCGAACUCUACAGGCCCGAGCGCUGGCUCGCGAGCCCCGAGGCGUGGCGCCAGCUCGACCGGCUCAGCCUCGCGUGGGGCGGCGGCGCGCACACGUGUCCCGGGCGCAACCUCGCGGAGCUGAUGCUCGCGAAGGUGGUCCCGCGCCUGCUCAGCGAGUUCGAUGUGCAGAUUGUGGAGAGGCCUGAUGUGCGGGCGAUGGAGAGCUUUACGUAUAUCGCGAUCAUGACGGGUGUUAAGGCGAGGUUUUGGGCGAGGGGGAGAUGA